UUAUUGACUCAGAUAUUUGUGCAGCCACGUCCUCUCUUGCUAACCUCCACCCUCAACGCGGAGCUGUCCAUUGGCACAGGUGCUGAAACGCGUAGGUUCUCAUUCCCUCACAGCGGUGCGAGACUGAGGGUCGAGAGUAAAACAUUUGGAUGAUUGUAUUGACUUUAUCCAUAUAUUUUUGAGACACCUCGGUGGAUGUACAUUGAUUUACUCAGCUUUCAUCAAGAGCGCAUCAAAGGUCCACGUUCUGACCCGGUCAGUUAACGGACUCUUAAGAGGGAGAAAGAUGGCUUUUAUGGUGAAACAAAUGGUGGGAGGGCAUGUGAAGAACCUGACCGGGGGUUUGACUGAGGAAAAGCCCGAAGGAGAGAAAUCGGAAGCCGCAGCGGCAGGAAUGACCCAGGAGGAAUUUGAACAAUAUCAACAACAGUUAGAGGAGGAAAAGCAGGAACGAGAUGCUAGUUUUGCGCAGAAGAAAGCUGAGCGGGCAACAGUUAGAAGUCACUUCCGGGACAAAUACAGACUGCCAAAGAAUGAGCUGGAUGACACUCAGAUCCAGCAGGCGGGGGAUGACGUGGAGCUGCCCACAGAGCUAGCCAAGAUGAUCGCUGAUGACAACAAGGAGGAGGCGUCCAAAACGUCUGUCCUGGGCCAGCUGACCAACAUCCAGAAUGUGGACAUGGACCAGCUGAAGGACAAGGCCCAGGCCACUCUGGAAGACCUCAAACAGUCUGCUGAAAAGUGCAAUCUCAUGUGAUCUGGCUGGCUGACUGAAUUCCUGCUCUCUCUCUCUCCCUCCUUUACUUUCUUUAUCUAUACAACAAAGGAUCUGUGUAAGAUAUGAUCUAUGAUCAUGUACAAACGUUGAUAGUCAUGUUGCUUUGAAUACACACACAUACAGUCAACACUGCCUCACAUACACAAACAUAUUGCAGCAGCUCCUGGCCAAGGAAUCAGAGUGAACACUGUCUAAGCUGUGGGGGAAUCAGAGUAAACACUGUCUAAGCUGUGGGGGAAUCAGAGUAAACACUGUCUAAGCUGUGGGGGAAUCAGAGUAAACACUGUCUAAGCUGUGGGGGAAUCAGAGUAAACACUGUCUAAGCUGUGGGGGAAUCAGAGUAAACACUGUCUAAGCUGUGGGGGAAUCAGAGUAAACACUGUCUAAACUGUGGGGGAAUCAGAGUAAACACUGUCUAAGCUGUGGGGGAAUCAGAGUAAACACUGUCUAAGCUGUGGGGGAAUCAGAGUAAACACUGUCUAAGCUGUGGGGGAAUCAGAGUAAACAUAUCAACUAGUCAUAUUAAGAGUAAAUCAAACUUUCUUGUCUUGGGUCCACAUUCAGUACAUUACAAACCAAGUGUCUAUCGCAGGUGUAAAUGUAUUUGCGGUUUGCCUGUUCUGUUGUCCAUCUAGUCUAUGGUCAUUAACUCGUUGGGGCCUUGCUAAGAGACAGCUCGUCCUCUGUGAUGCCAACCCAUCUAACCUUUCAACUCUAGCCUUUAACCUGUCCUCAUAUUGACCAUGACCUCUCCAUCUCAGUGUUGUUUUGUGCUGGUGGUUUGGUGUCGUUUAAACGCUAUGAUAUGCCAAAUGCUGUCUUUGAAAAUGUCAUCCUCUGGCUGAGUGCUGGUCAUAGUGUUUAAUAAGUACACAAGACUAUGAACAUAUAUGAACAUAUAGUACUUGAUAUUUGUCUGAUUUGUUGUUGUAUCUCUAAAUAAAGACGCAGGUGAGAGCAG